AAGAGCACACAUACUUCAGUAAAUUCCAGGGUAUAAGUCCCAGCUAUAGUACUCGCUGUGCUCUGAAAAACCUACAAAAUGAGGGCCACAGAUCGACCAGUAAUAGUUGGCGCCAUAAUCGGAAUUCUAGUAUUGCUGUUUUACUUUUCGAAGGAAAUGACAUCGCUCGAAAAAUCCAUCAGCUUGCUCGCAUCCAAAGACUCCAGUCAAGGGGAGACUGAAACGCCGGCGGCCAGCGAACGACGUGUACCGGAGGAGUUCCCUCAUCUCUCUGCACAGGACCCGGCUCUUAUUGAAUAUGUGAAACAGCGACUCAUACAGCCGCCUGCAGUAGGAGAUUACAACCUCUCGAAACCCGACAAGACGCACUUCUCCCAGUAUUCUCAGAGUCAGGUCGCCAGUAAACUUCUGCAAGGAUUGGACAAAGGUUUCUUUCUGGAAGCUGGAGCGCUGGACGGAGAGGACAAGAGCAACACCUUGUACUUCGAGAGGGAGCGGUCCUGGACAGGCCUCCUCGUGGAGCCGGACCCUGCCCUGUACAAAACGCUCGUCUCGAAGAAGCGUAAAGCGUUCUCCAUCAACGCAGCCUUCUCGUUCUCCAAUCUGUCGGAUAUGGUCAACUUCGUGCCACGGCGAGGACUCGGCCACCUGGUACCGGGCAGCACGAAAGGAAUACCCGUGAAGACUGUCCCCAUCUCUACCAUGCUGCAGGCGUUGGAAGUCACUCAAAUCGACUUCUUUUCCCUGGAUAUCGAGGGAGCCGAGCUGAAGGUUCUCGCGACGUUUCCCUGGGAUAAAGUCAAGAUUCGACUGAUUUGCAUCGAGGUUAACCACGCCGGAUUUAAAAGUGUGAAUUCAUUCAUGGAGAAACAAGGAUACAUGUACGUUGGCAAGUGGCACAUCGACGCGUGGUAUGGGUGGAAGGACCUGCUUCAAGAAACGAUCAAUGUAGAGGAAUAUCCGAAGCAGUUAACUCCGUAGGGUUUCAGUCUCUUUCGUUCUUGUGUUGUGAUAAGUUUUAGAAAGAUAUCUAUUUAGAAUAUGGUAUUGUAUGAGCUUUUGACAAUCUUGUUCUAUGUUCAAAAUGUUUAUCUGAUACUAAAACACCACGGGUUCUCUGCCUUUCAUGCCAACUUCCAUUGUCAAAUUAAAUUUUAACGCACAAAACGUAUUCCUCGGCAAAUAGUUUUUUUUCCAUUCUGCAUAAUUUGAAGUUGUUUAAAUUAAGAUACUCUUUUCUUUAAUAUUGUAUGACCCAGGGUAACCCUCAAAAAAAGGCAUGUUAACUGUAUUUUUUUUAUUACCGUGAUACUGUGUGGCGUUUUGAUAUAUGCUUUGUUUUGCUUUGCGUUCAUCUAAUACUAUUAGAUCAGUGGUACAAUGUAAUACUUGUGUACGUUCUGUAUUUCACUGAGUGAAGGUAAGUUAAGUGAAUCAUGAGCAUUUGAGGUUUCAAAGUCUUUUCGCAAUUUCUGUUAAGUUACAUAUGUAAAGUAACAUAUUAAAGUUAAUUACACAUUUACAAGAUCACAGG